CCUCCGAAGUUUACUUGUUAAGUUUUUCCAUCAAAUUAUUAACUUGAGUCAUCAUCAUGGGUGUCUUCACUUAUGAAUCUGAGUUCACCUCUGUCAUCCCGCCAACCAGGUUGUUCAAGGCCUUCGUUCUCGAUGCAGACAACCUCAUCCCCAAGAUUGCUCCCCAGGCAGUUAAGAGUACCGAGAUUCUUCAAGGAGAUGGAGGUGUUGGAACCAUCAAGAAGAUCAACCUUGGGGAAGGAAGUGAAUACAGCUACGUGAAGCAUCAGAUUGACGGAAUUGACAAGGACAACUUUGUGUACAAGUACAGCAUGAUUGAAGGAGAUGCUAUCUCAGACAAAAUUGAGAAGAUCUCGUAUGAGACUAAGUUGGUAGCAUCUUCCGACGGAGGCUCCGUCAUUAAGAGCACCAGCAACUACCACACCAAGGGUGACGUCGAGAUCAAGGAAGAGCAUGUUAAGGCUGGCAAAGAAAGGGCUGCUGGUUUGUUCAAGAUUAUUGAGAGCCACCUUCUGGCCAACCCUGAUGCUUACAACUAAGAACUCUAUCUAGCUAUCUAUGGUACUAGCUAGAUGCUAGAUACAACAAUCAUGUAUCCUCAUUUCUAUGUUUGUGUGGCUUUCGUUUUUGUUUUUGUUUUUGUUUUGGUGUGAAGUUGAUCAUGCAUUUUGAUUGAGUUCUGAUGAUACGGUACAUCAUAUACUUGUAUUUG